AGGUUGGAAGAUUAUCUCACCCAGCCCUGGCUAUAUAAGCUGCCCCGUGUGGAGGAGUCCAGCAGGGCCGACUGAAGGGAUUCAUUCCGCAGGAGAAAAACAUACAGACGAACUUCAGGCCAACAUGAUGAUGCUGAAAGUGGAAGAGCUGGUCACAGGGAAGAAGAAUGGCGGUGGGGAUACUGGGGAGUUCCUCCCUGAGGAUUUCACAGAUGGAGAGUAUGAAGCUGCUGUUACUUUGGAAAAGCACGAGGACCUGAAAACACUUCCGGCCCACUCAGUGAGCCUUGCGGAGCAGCAGUGGAAAAUUGAGAAACAGCGAGAGGCAGAGCUCAAGAAGAAAAAACUAGAACAAAGAUCAAAGCUUGAAAAUUUAGAAGACCUUGAAGUUAUCAUUCAACUAAAGAAAAAGAAAAAAUACAGGAAAACUAAAGUUCCGGUUGUGAAGGAACCUGAACCUGAAAUCAUCACAGAACCUGUGGAUGUGCCUCGGUUUCUGAAGGCUGCCCUGGAGAAUAAACUGCCAGUAGUAGAAAAAUUCUUGUCAGACAAGAACAAUCCAGAUGCCUGUGAUGAGUAUAAACGGACAGCUCUGCAUAGAGCAUGCUUGGAAGGACACCUGGCAAUUGUGGAGAAGUUAUUGGAAGCUGGAGCACAGGUUGAAUUCCGUGAUAUGCUUGAAUCUACAGCCAUCCACUGGGCAAGCCGUGGAGGAAACGUGGAUGUCUUAAAAUUGUUGCUGAAUAAGGGAGCAAAAAUCAGUGCCCGGGAUAAGUUGCUCAGCACAGCGCUGCACGUGGCGGUGAGGACGGGCCACUACGAGUGCGCGGAGCAUCUCAUCGCCUGCGAGGCGGACCUCAACGCCAAAGACCGAGAAGGAGAUACCCCCCUGCACGACGCCGUGAGACUGAAUCGUUACAAGAUGAUCCGACUCCUGAUUAUGUAUGGCGCAGACCUCAAUGUCAAGAACUGUGCUGGGAAGACCCCGAUGGACCUGGUGUUACACUGGCAGAACGGAACCAAAGCGAUAUUUGACAGCCUCAAAGAGAACUCCUACAAGACCUCUCGCAUAGCUGCAUUCUAGGAGACACGACCGACCGACCGCGGGCUUUCUUCAGCUGCUCCUCACUGGUGGCCUUUGAAGGCCGGGCCCCAGAGAAGAGCAACUUAGUUACAGAACCCUGCUUCUCGUCAUCAACCUAUGGUCAGGCUGCACCUUGUAAAGUUUCAAGAAAGCACUGGGACAUAGGCAUUGAAAUUUCCCUUAGGGCGACCCACUCUAUUUAUUUGUAUCUAUUCCUGUGCAUCUAUUUAUUUAUUCUUAAAUGAACCCCACUAUCACGGAUACUCAGGUUCUUUAUGCUCAUCCUUUGGUGGGCAGAGCCUGAUUCGUACACAAUGCUCCAGAGCCUUCCCGUAGAUAGUCUGUAACGCAGGCCAAUGAGCAGUGCUCAGUGGCUGCCUAUGUGUCACCUCACUCACGUAGGAUAUUUCAAGGUGUUUCUAAGAGACAAAGGUGAUUAUUGCCGCCCUCUUUUCUCCUGAAUUUUUACUGCUGAAGUCUGAGGCAAUGGAAAUGCAUACGGUGACAGAAACAGUAGAAUGGAAGAGAAGGACAGGAAAGCCAGCCGUUUUCCGGCUGGGCCUGGUAUUCCUUACCAAGUCACGCACUGUGCUAAGGUGAAGCGGAUGUUGCGAGUGUGAGCGGAGUGCAGUGGAAGGAGUGGGCAAUGGGGCCAUGCAGAAUAGGAUUUGCUCAAAAAGAUGAAAGUAAUGGCAAAUUGUAAAUGUGUAAAUGUAUCUUAUGUCGUAUGUAUAUUUUAUAUUCAUAAUAAAAGCAAACACAUUCUAAACCUC